UUCCGGAAGUUCAUCCUCGCAACCAAUCAUUACUAGAGAACAUUAGAGGGAGUUUUGAAACGAACCAAUGAGUGCAGAGCUCUGUUGUGAACGCAUCCAAUCAGAGCAGAGCGCCGAUGAGCGGCAGAACAGGAGCAGAUCAGAGCAGCGCGAUGACCGGAGCCAACGAGUUCAAGCUGACCCAAGGGCCGGACGACAGCGUCUCCGCCGUCAAGUUCAGCCCGGCCUCGGCUCAGUUCCUGCUGGUGUCGUCGUGGGACUGUACGGUCCGUCUGUACGAUGUCAGCGCAAACAGCAUGAGGAUGAAGUAUCAGCAUCUGGCGCCGGUGCUGGACUGCGCUUUCUAUGAUCCGACUCACGCGUGGAGCGGCGGUCUGGACAACCAGCUGAAGACUCAUGAUCUCAACACGGAUCAGGACACAAUCGUCGGGACUCACGACGCUCCUAUUCGCUGUGUGGAAUACUGUCCGGAGGUGAACGUCAUGGUCACGGGCAGCUGGGAUAUGUCCGUGCGGCUGUGGGAUCCCAGAACGCCCUGCAACGCCGGGACCUUCACGCAGCCGGAGAAGGUCUACACGCUGUCGGUGGCCGGAGACCGGCUGAUCGUGGGGACGGCGGGGCGGCGCGUGCUCGUGUGGGAUUUGAGGAACAUGGGAUACGUGCAGCAGAGACGAGAAUCCAGCCUGAAAUACCAGACGCGCUGCAUACGAGCGUUCCCCAACAAACAGGGUUACGUGUUGAGCUCCAUUGAGGGCCGAGUCGCGGUGGAGUAUCUGGACCCCAGUCUGGAGGUGCAGAAGAAGAAAUACGCCUUCAAGUGCCACAGACUGAAGGAGAACGGCAUCGAGCAGGUGUAUCCGGUCAACGCCAUCUCCUUCCACAGCGUCCACAACACGUUUGCCACCGGCGGUUCCGACGGCUUCGUGAACAUUUGGGAUCCGUUCAACAAGAAGCGCUUGUGUCAGUUCCACCGUUACCCGACCAGCAUCGCGUCUCUGGCGUUCAGUAUCGACGGAUCUCUGCUGGCCAUCGCCUCCUCGUACAUGCAGGAGCAGGGAGACAUCUCUCACCCCGCCGACGCCGUCUACAUCCGCCAGGUCACAGACGCAGAGACCAAACCCAAAUCCACGUGAGUCCUGCAGAGACUCAACCUCGUUACUCUUACCGCUGCCACCCGUUUGAACACAACACCUUCCAUCAUGUCUGUCUGUCUCUUUAUUCUAUCUUUGUGUCGAAUUAAAUAAAUGUUUAUAUUUCUAAUUGUAUGUGUUCUGCCCUUCAGUGUCUGUAUUUUUAUGUUUGAAGAAACAGUAAAACUUCCUUUUAUUCA